AUGUCAUCGGUGAUGAAUGAUGGUACAAAGACGCGUACGAAGGAUGAAAUAUUGCCAAUAUCUCAAAUGAUUAGACAGCGAGAAGAACAAAAUGUUUCAUCCAAAUUAAAUAAUGAACAAUCGACUAGCAUACAAGCAUCUUUACCGUGCAUUACUACAGAAAAUAUUUCUACUAAUUUUCUUGAUCAAAAUGGGGUACAUGAUAAACUAAAUGAAAGUUCGCUUGAAGCAAAAGUAUCGUGCUCAUUUCAAAAUAAUACUACUGAGAAUUGUUUCGAUGAUGAUCUGAAAAAACAACAGAAAAUUCCUUCAUUUAUAAUACUCCAAAAUCAACAACAGCAACAACCAUUGAAAGAUAAUUCUCAAGAAGCCGAACCAUUUUUUGUCAAUAUUGAUCAACAAGAACCAAUUCUUAAGAAGAAAAAUCAUCUAUCAUAUCGUUCAUUUAUUGGAACAAUGUCCAACAUAGAAGAUAUCUAUUCACGUGACAAUUUUCUUUGUGGCAAUAGAUUAUGCCAGCGUAUCUUUAUUUUUAUGGAUUCAGUUUUUCGAGGUGUUAGUCAAGUUAUGUUUGCUAGUAAUCCUUUAUCUGGUAUUAUCAUUAUGAUUGGACUGUUCAUUGGCAAUUGGGAACUGGCAUUGUAUGGUCUUCUCGCCACUGCUGUAUCAACAUUAACAGCUCAUGUUUUAGAAUUCGAUUAUAAUGCGAUUCGAGCUGGAUUGUAUGGUUUUAAUGGAUGUCUAGUAGGCAUGGGUAUAGCCUUUUUUAGUUUUCCGAAUUCUCCUCAUAUGAUUAUUCCCAUCGUGAUUAUGAGCAUAUUUUCAACAAUAUUCAACAUGGCCGUUGGAAAAAUACUCGUUCAACGUCUUCAAAUACCACCAUUUACGUUUAGUUUUCAAAUUUGUACUUGGAUAUGGCUUUUGGGUUCUUUGAAAUAUCGUUAUUUUUUCGUUAAUGGAACAAUACUAUCUCCUAAUAUAUUGAGCACAAUCGCUAACAAACCACUCUUCCUGAAUGUAUCAUUUUCGGGAUAUUCUUUUCAUGAUAACGUAGUUGGCUUUUUUAAUAGUGUAUCACAAGUUUAUUUUAUUGAAAAUCCAUAUACAGGCAUUAUUAUUCUUGUCGGUCUUUGCGUUUGUUCUCGUAUUCUUUCGGUUUUUGCUCUUUUCGGUGCUGUCACGGGACAAUUGACUGCUGCCUAUUUUCUGGGACUACCUGCAACAGCAAUUCGUGCUGGACUAUGGGGCUUUAAUUCAGCUUUGGCAUGCCAAGCAUUAGGUGGUAUGUUUUUUGUUCUUUACGGAUAUCGAAUAUGGUUAGCUACUAUCUAUGGAUCGAUAAUGACAGUACUUAUACAAGCAACUGUGUCAGCUUUUCUUGCGCCGAUUGGCAUGCCAACUUUAACUUUUCCGUUCACCUUCGUCUGUUGGAUAUUUUGUCUUAUUGCUGGUUCCCGAGGUUUAAUCGGUGUCAAAUUAUCAGCCGUUAGUAUUCCUGAAGAUCAUCGUUAUCGAUAUCGUCUUUCAAGAUUCGUAAAACGUCAAUUUAAAUUUUUGAAUUACUUCACGAAUUUUUUGCCAUCACCUGACGAAGAUAUUACCUUAGAAGAAUUUACAAAAGUUGAAACGGAACUGAUUCCAAGUUUAAUAUGUUCAUAUGCUUAUAGAAAUGAUAUCAAUCAAUUGAAGAUGUUAGUACUCGAAAACGUCAAUAUUGAUUCAGUUGAUCAUAAUUUGCGAAGUGCUCUGCACAUAUCAGCUUCUGAAGGUAAUAUGAAAUUGUGCAAAUGGCUUAUUGAAGAUUGUGAAGCAAACGUAAAUCUAACCGAUAAUUUUGGUGGUACACCAUUAUUUGACGCUUUUUGGCAUAGACAUUUAAAUUUACUUGAAUAUCUCUAUACACAUGGUGCACGAAUGCCAACAUGUAAAACAAAAGAAUUAGCAUUUUAUCUUAAUGCAUUUGUUUAUGAGGGUGAUUUAAAAACUAUACGUCAUUUAGUUAAAUGUGGAUUCGACCCAAAUAUUGGUGAUUAUAAAGAUCAAAAUGCUUUACAUAUAGCAGUGAUUACCAAUCAGUUCAAUAUUGUCCGUUAUCUAAUUGAAGAAGUCUCUGCUCGUUUAGACAUUGUCGAUUAUUCGCAACGAACAGCGAUAGAAUAUGCAUCAUAUCUGCCCACUACAGUUAUUACUGACUAUUUGUUAGACAAGAAAGACGUUUCUAUUCCAAUGAAAAUGAAAGCAGAAAAUAUCAUGGAUAUCGAAACAGUCGUAAUAAAAAAUCCAGAUAGAAAGACAGACGAAAAACAAGAUGAUAACAGAACACUUUCGAUAAACUUGCAAGAGAGUUUAUUACCCGCUCUUUUCUCUAUCAAUAAAGUUCAUGACAAUAUCAAAAUAAUAUCUGAUUUUCUUGAAAAAUAUCCAGAUCUUAAUAUAUUCGAAUGGGUAGACUACGAUUUUCGUUGUAUAGCCCAUAUUGCUGCUGCCAAAGGUCAACUUGAAUAUAUUCGAUUUCUUUUUGAACAUUUUGGCAGUUCUUAUUUUGGGUCGAUUAUGAGCCGUGCAGAUCGAUGGAAUCUAUCACCCAUUGAUGAAGCCUAUCGUCAUGGCCAUGUCGGUAUUUGUAAUUUUAUAAAAGAACAUAUACUUUCGCAGAAUGAUACAAUGUAUAGAGAAACGACGCAUUUGCCAGCAACGAACAUCAAAAAUGAUACUACCAGUUGUUUGCUACGAAAAUGGAAAAAAAUAUUUCAUUUUGCUACAUUAGCCGCUUCGGGUGCAGCUGAACGAAUCGAUGGCCUUUUUCGACGUGGUUACUAUGAUCGAAACGAAAUCUACGCUGAUUAUGAUGGUCGUACACCGAUGCAUUCGGCUGCUGUCAAUGGACACAUGAAUGUCGUGCAAGUACUUCUCCAAUAUGGCUAUGAUGGUAUGACAUAUAAAGAUCGUUGGGGCAAUCGUCCUAUCGAUGAAGCACGGCGGAACAAAUUCUUUGACAUUGCUGAUGAACUAGAACGACCUCGCGUUUCAUGA